AUGGAUCUCAAAAAGAAAUUAACUGGCGAUUCGGAGGAGGAUGAGCUGCGGAGAGUGGCUUUUGUCGCCACAGUUGUCAGCGCUGCUGCUGGAAUUAUGUGCAUCAUUUUGAUUCCUGGACUGUACACCUAUCUUCAAUACAUUCAGAGUUCGGUGCAGAGUGAUGUCGGAUUCUGUGUUUAUGGAGCUAAAAAUCUCGAAAGCAUGUAUGAAUCUACCAAGCCUUCUUCAAGAAUCGAAAAACGUCAAUCCGGAUAUGGAGCUCAACCAGCAAGAUCAUCUGGAAGCCGUCCAGCGCCAUCCCCAUAUGACGACGCCGCCACGUCAUCAUCAUCUUCUCAAGAUUCUUGCUGUAGCUGUGGAAUCGGGCUAGCCGGCCCACCAGGAUUCCCAGGACGUCCAGGACGUGAUGGACAAGACGGACCAGCUGGAAGACCAGGACAAGAUGGCCGGGAUUUGAGUAAUGGAGCAUCAGAUGGUUCAGAAUUCGAAAUCGAUUGCCCAGAAGGACCACCAGGACCCCCAGGAAAUCCAGGACCACAAGGAAAUGCCGGGAGACCUGGAAUGGACGGAGUUCCAGGAAGAAAUGGGAGAUGUGGACGACCAGGAGAGCAAGGAGAGCGUGGACCAAGUGGAGAGAACGGACGGAAUGGAAAUCGUGGAAGCGAUGGAGUUCCUGGAGAAGUUAGAGAAGUUCCAGCACCAGCAGGACCACCGGGACCACGUGGAACUCCUGGAGCACAAGGACCCACAGGACCAAAGGAAAUGAUGGGCGGCCUGGAAAUAAGGGACCGGCGGGACCACCGGGAGAUCAAGGAUUCGAUGGAGCACCAGGAGGACCGGGAGCCGACGGAGAGCCGGGAGCUCAAGGGGCACUGGGAGCUUCUGGAGGAUGCUCACACUGUCCACCACCAAGAACUGCACCAGGAUAUUAGAUUUUGUUGGGAAAUUCUUUAUUCUUCUGUCUUUUUUGUACAUAUCGACCUCUCUUUUGAGAAUAAAUCUUUUUAA